UGAUUUAAUUUACAAAGAAAGAAAUUCUAUACACGUUUUAACUAUCACAUUUUGUUUUUAUUAUUAGUUUACAUAUUAACUUAUUAUUUACAUAUUAUUCAUUUAUGUGAAUAUACUUAAGCGGCCAUACUGAUGGAGUUUACUUCUUAAACUGAUUGUCUUACUUCAUUCCAGUAAUUUGAUGGUAGUUUAUAUAGGUUUUCCUUUGAUGCAUCUUCACACAGAAGAACUGUAUACUAUACUAUCAUGAAAUAUCAAAAUCAAAUUCAAGAAAUUUAUAAAUUAGCUAAGCACAAAACUCUAAAUAAAUUAUCACAAACAACUAAUACUAAAGCUGAAUUAUACAAUAAGCUUGCGACGUAUCGUCCUGAUUAUGAUAAAGUUGUAUCGUGGUAUGAACGGGUGACAGGCUUGAGAGAAGUUCGAAUUGCUCAGGAUAGAGUAUUAGAAUCCCAAAAACAAUUUAUGAUUGCCCAAGACAAGAGGAGGGAAGCAUCAGUCGAGUUAAGAGCUGUUCAAAACAAACUCAAAGAUAUUCGUAAUGAACUUCUAAAUACUUCAAGAUCAGAAGACAGGUAUAUUGAAUUAGUUACUCAAGAGCAUGCAUUAUUAAAAAAUGAAAAUAUUAUAGUCGACCAGGUCAGUAUAAGUGAAAAAGAAGAAAGAGAUAGCUUCAUAUUGCUUUCAACUACUCUUAAAGAUAGUCAUGAUCGAGAAAGAAUACAGGCUGAACGGACAAAAUAUGUUUCAAUUGUUGGAUCCAUAUUAGGUACAGUUAUUGGUAUAAUUGGAAGUACUAUAAUAAAUGCUUGGAAAAUGAACGAGUUUAAACGAAUGGUCUUGGAAGCAAAAUUAGAUACAUCCAACUCGUUACAGACUGAUCAAAUAAAAAAUUUAUUGUUACAAAUACAAAGUCAAAAUAAAACUGUUGAAAAACAAUCAAUACAAUUUCAAAAAUCUGAUGAAAAUUUAGAAACUAGUUUAAAAUUGAAUUAUACUAAUCGCGAUGUAGUUGUAUUAACGGCUAUUAAUUGUACAAUUAUAACAAUUUCUGCUUACAUUAUUUCCAGGUUUUUUUGAAAUUACUUUUAGUCUCUUUUAGUUAAAUUUAUAUUAUUAAUUGUUGAUAAUUUGUAUUUAAUAAAAGUGUUCCCCGUAUGAAUUAAAAUAUUUUAUUUUUUGCUUAAUUAUAAAUUACUGAACAUUUUGUA